UUAUUACAGCUGAGGGUAUCAUGGCGCAGAGGAGGCCGAACAGAUCCGCGCCGACGAACUUUAAUUUUAGCUCGAUUUAAACGGUGUUGACUCGUUACACUCUGUAAAUUACUAACAUCAAGUGAAGUGGAACUCUGAUGAAAACAUCAUUCUGACCACAACCGCUGGAUUCUGAGACACCCAGAGAGAGGAGAAAUGGAAAAGCCGGCAUUACAGACACAACCGUCCACCCUGCCUUUUUUUGACACGGCCCAUGCCUUCAACCUGCUGCGGGGAAUCCAUGAACUCCGCGCCGAACGAAAGUUUUUCGAUGUGACUUUGUGCGCUGAGGGACGUGAGUUCCACUGUCACCGCACGGUGUUGGCCGCGGCCAGCACCUACUUCCGCGCUAUGUUCGCAGGAACUUUGAGGGAGAGUGCCAUGGACCGGGUGGUUCUACAUGAGGUCUCAGCUGAGCUUUUAGGUCUGCUGGUGGACUUCUGCUACACAGGACGAGUCACCGUCACACAGGAAAAUGUGGAUGUCCUGCUGAAGACGGCUGAUCUGUUUCAGUUCCCUUCUGUCAAAGAGGCCUGCUGCGCUUUUCUGGAGCAGCGGCUGGAUGUUUCUAACUGUUUAGAGAUCCAGGAUUUUGCAGAGGCCUACGCUUGCCGAGAGCUGGCGUCAAGCGCUCGCCGUUUUGUCCUCAAAAACAUAAUGGAGCUGGCUAAAGCAACUGACUUUGAUCGGUUGCCAUGGAAGCGCCUCCUUGAGUUUGUGUCAGAUGAUGAGCUUUGCGUGGAUAAGGAGGAGGCGGUUUAUCAAAUUGCAGUGCGCUGGGUGAAGGCCGACCUCCAGCGGAGACUGCACUACUGGCCCGAGCUCCUCCAGCAGGUCCGACUCCCCUUCGUCAGGAGGUUCUUUCUGUUGGCCCACGUGGAGAGCGACCCUCUCGUCUACCUGUCGCCCACCUGCCUACGCAUGGUGAACGAAGCUCGAAGCUUCCAGUCCUGCGAGUACGACCGCCACGACAGGCCCUGCCACCGAAUGCGACCACGGCCGUCGACGGGACUGGCAGAGAUUCUGGUGGUGGUUGGAGGCUGCGACCAGGACUGUGAUGAGCUGGUCACAGUGGACUGUUACAACCCCCAGACCGGACAGUGGCGCUACCUGGCUGAGUUCCCCGACCACCUCGGAGGAGGCUACAGCAUAGCUGCCCUCGGAAACGAUAUGUAUGUCACAGGUGGCUCUGAUGGCUCUCGCCUCUACGAUGGUGUGUGGCGCUACAAGUCCAGCGUCAACGAGUGGACAGAGGCGGCGCCCAUGUUGAAGGCCCGUGAGUACCACAGCUCCUGCGUGCUGAAGGGUCAGCUCUAUGUGGUGGCGUCGGACAGCACCGAACGCUACGAUCAGUCUCUGGACUGUUGGGAGGCUUUACCAGCCAUGCUGCACCCCAUGGACAACUGCUCCACCACCACCUGCAGCGGACGACUCUACGCCAUCGGCUCUCUGACGGGAGAGGACACCAUGGCGGUUCAGAGCUACGAUGCAGACACCAACCGCUGGACCAUGGUCAACUGUGGACAGCUGCCCCCGUGGUCCUUCACACCAAAAACAAUGACCCUGAAGAGCCUCAUCUACUUCAUCAGGGAUGACUCAGCCGAGGUCGAUGUUUAUAAUCCUCAAAAGAACGAGUGGGACAAAAUUAGUCCGAUGACCCAGGUCCACGUUGGAGGCAGUGUAGCAGCCCUGGGUGGUAAAUUAUACGUGUCCGGCGGUUAUGAUAAUACGUUUGAGCUGUCUGAUGUGGUGGAGGCGUACGACCCGACCACUCGUUCCUGGACUCUUGCUGGACGACUACCUCAGCCGACCUUCUGGCACGGCAGCGUCAGCAUAUUCCGCCAAUUCAUGCCGCAGGUGUCCAGCGCGUUUGAACCCACUGACAUACCCGAGUCAAACGCCAUCCACUUGCACCGGCACCACCGUCACCAAGCGCUCCACAAUCUCAAUAACAAUCUCAACCAAAACCAGAACCAGGAUGUGAACCCAGCGCACUGAGUUUGGACCUAGAAACUCCUGUUACAUUUCAGUUUGUUGUCCCUCAUUGUAUCGUUGACUGGGUGGAAAAGUUUAGGGAAGCCGCUGCCUUCGAAUUGAAGGUGAUGUUAACCAAACCAAAAAUUAUUCUACAGGGUUGGGUUAAGCUCAAUCAGAACUAGUUUCAGGAUUGUUUGUUCGAGCCACGUUGGACACUUUCAAACAAGUGUUUUCAGUUACACUUGAAGGCUGACUGAAAAGCUGAUAUCAUUUAAAUAUGGCGACAACUGUGUCCAUUUCAGACAGUUUCUCCUGGAAGGCAUUGCAAGUGUUGCACUUGUUUGUUGACCUGAAGGUGAAAGAAAUAUUUGUGUGAGGAAAUUAAAAAAUAGGGCGAGAGAAGGUUGAACUGUGGCACUUUUCUCACCUCUUCACAGCUGAACAGUCACGGCAUGAAGUGAGUGUGGAUGUGAGAUCAUCAGAUACAGAAAUGGUUGGAGGCAUACUGGCAGCUUCAUCCUAAAGAUCUAUUCUCUGGUAAAAACCAAAAUCCACUCUUUCACAAAACUUUUGAUCAUGCCUAAAUGUCACUUUUGUGUUUUUUGUCCAAUAUCUUUUUUUCUUGGUGAUGGGCUUUUUAACUGUCCCCCACUGUGUCAUAGAGCAGGAAAAAACACCCCCUCUCACUACAAUUGGUGAGAAGCAAAGUUAUAGUGGGUGUUUUUCCCCCAUUGGGGACAAAUGCAUCAACAAGCCCAUUCUACACUUAUAAACAACAUGGAAAAGCUGCACACAGGUGAGAUUUAUGCUUUAAAUUUGUUUCUUAAAGGGAAAUUGAGAAGGAUUUUUCAAAGAAAUGUAAAUGUAUAAAAAGUAUAUAUAGACUCAUCCAAAAAUGACACCUCUCAAUUGUGUGAAGCGGUGUCUGUAUCUGCAUAGCCUCUACCCUCUGCCUGUGUUUUCUCAUUUCUUUUAAUUUUUCUUUUUUUCUGGAUCUUUCUGGUUGUCAGCCACUGGGUGUGUUAAAACAGCGAAUGGGGGAGAAAACUGAAUUAUGUGUUUACACAAAAGAAAAGACUUAAAGGAUGAAGACCAGCUGGUUGACCUCCCCAUCUGCGAUAAAUCAGCAUCACACAGCUGCAUCCAGUUCCCAACAGGGCUCUGUGCUUCUGUGUGUGCUCAUUUCUUUAUGACGGAAAGUUACUGUGGAUUGGUUUUUUUUAACCAAAACGCCUCCAAUACCAUAAUAUUGCGGUUGCCUACAGAUUCUCCAUUGUUGUACAGAAUCUGUUUAUAGAGAUUACAUUAGCUGCUACCGGCCUAACGCACCCAAAUCUCAGUUGCAGUGUGGGUAACGUAGGUGUCUUGGUGAGGAAGAAGAACGUUUGGCAUAAACAAGACAAUAUCUCUAGUUCUGCUCCAUUAAAAAAGUAAAGGUGCAUCUCAAUAAAUUAGAAUAUCAUAGAAAGUUUAUUUAUGUCAGUAAUUCAAUUCAAAAAGUGGAAAUACACACAGAAUGAAACAUUUCAUGUCUUCAUUUAUUUAACUUCUAAUUAUAAUGAUUAUGGCUUACAUUUAAUGAAGACCUAAAAUUCAGUGUCUUAAAAAAACUUGAAUAUUACAAAAGACCAAUUGUAACCAAAAAGUAUGUUUAAUAUGGAAAGGUUGGCCUUUGAAAAGUUUGUCCAUCUAUAUGACUAUAUUAUAUAAUACUUAGUUGGUGCUAUUUGAUGAACUACUGGAAAUGGACUUUUCCAUGAUAUUCUAAUUUAUUAAGAUGCACCUGUAAAUCAUGAGUCUGUUAGUGUUACAGGAGUACAAUGCUAAAUCAAUAGUCAUUAUCUAUCACCUGGAGCUACGUUUGUUCAGAAACAGAAAUAAUCAGUUUACAUUCCAAAAAACGACGACAAUCAUGAUUGAUAUCCAGCACUAAGUAGACAAAUGGCUUUGUCUAUGGUUUAAAUAUCUUGUAGUUGAAGGAGUGCCAAGUAAUCUGUCAUUAUGAUAUCAAGUUGCAUGUGGUAAUUCUUCCCAAGUCGAUACUCGUGAUAAUUAGACAUCUCCUUGUGUCACUCCUUACCCUUGAACUGAGCUACGUCAGCCUUUAUAACCACCAGAAUGUGCAUGAAGAAAUUUCUUUGAGUUAUAUUUACGAAUGUUUUAGUGUUUUCUAUGUUUAUUUAUGGAUAUAUUUGUGCUGUGUUUGCUUAAGAUGUCCCCGCCUAUCAGUUGUAACAACAACAACAACAGCAACAACAACAACAUGCGACUGUUGGUAAAUGUCGGUGAUGCGUCGCCAGUAACUGGAAGUGCAAAUGAAUCUCAAUUUCAUAUCAUGUAUUUUAGCUUUAAUGUUUUUAUGGUACUGUUUUAUGCAUCAUUGUUUUCUUAGUUUUGUAAAUACAGUAUAUUCUUAACCUCAUGUACUGUUUGUAUAAUGUUUACAGUGUGGUGACCAUAAAUUAAACUGCAGGCAGGAGAGAGUUCAUUUUGCUGAGUCACAUUUGGUGAGCUGUUAGCAGGUUGCCGUUAUGUUUCUUUUAAACAACGGAUAGUAGCUGCAGCUGAGUGAAAAUAUUUUUAUAAAUAGCAAGAGGAAGCCAAUGGUUCACUUAUAAAG